CUUCGUAAACAGAAAUGGAGAGAAUUCCAAGUGCGCAACCGCCUCCUUUUGCGCCGAAACACCCAUCUAUGGAUAUAGCUGACAUGCACGGAGUGGACUUUCCUAUUCAUAUGUUCAAACCCAGGAGAGGCAUGAAAGGAAGGGACGAGUGCAAGGAGACCUACAAACUGCCGCACAGACUGAUCGAAAAGAAGAGACGGGACAGAAUCAACGAGUGCAUUGCGCAGCUGAAGGAUUUGUUGCCCGAGCACCUUAAACUUACAACGCUGGGUCAUUUGGAGAAAGCGGUGGUGCUGGAGCUCACGCUCAAGCACGUGAAGACCCUGAGCGCCCUCCUGGAGCAGCAGCAGCAGAAGAUCGUUGCUUUGCAGAAGGACUUGCAGAUCAGCGAUCAUGCAGGAGACGACUCGGAGAUGUUUCGCUCCGGCUUUCACCUCUGCGCCAAAGAGGUCGUCCACUAUCUCGCCAGCCAAGAGAGCAGCACGGAUCUGACUCCUUCCCGUGUCAUCAGCCACCUCCAGAAGGUCGCCACCGAAGUCCUGCACCAUCAGGACGGCCCGCAGCCGGACGAGCCCCUUCCCCAGCUCUCUGAGGAAGGGAAGAAGCCCGGCACGCCGGACGCCAGGCCGUCCGAGACCCCCGCCAAGAACUGCGUUCCGGUCAUUCAGAGGACUUACCAUCACGGGACGGGGGAGCAGAGCGGCAGCGACACAGACACGGAUAGUGGCUAUGGGGGGGAACACGAAAAGCACAAAAGUCAGUGGUUGGAGAGCCACGAGAAGGACAGGAGGCUCGGGACCCCCGAGCCUCACCAGGCCGGCAUCAAAAAAGAGGACGACGAGCCUCGGGCCAAAAGGUCAAGAUCAGACUCUUCAGAGGACGAGGUUCUCUCUGUCCACUCAGCAGGACAUCCUGGCAAUUACAUGGGCUUCUCCCCCAACCAGCCCCCGUUCUGCCUCCCCUUCUACGUCCUCCCCCCGGCGGCGGCCGCGGCAGCGGCGUACUUGCCGAUGCUGGAGAAAUGCUGGUACCCCGGGGGCAUGCCGGUCAUGUACCCAGGCAUGAGCAGCUCCGUGGCGGCUUUGGAGACCCCGCCCUCCUCCUUGUUGACCUCGAGGGCGGGGUCACCGGCCUCCCUGCAGACCUCAGUGGACUCCCAGGCUCUGCACAAAGCUUUAAAGCCGGCCCCCCCUUUGAACUUGCAAACCAAAGACUGAGCAGGCCUU